AUGGAUAAAUCAUGGAUCAAAGCAGAUAGGGAUUCGUUAGAAUAUGAAAUUGGGGUGGAGGAGUUUUUGGUAUAUGCGGAGGGGACUGCGAAAAACCCCAAGUUAAUUCCCUAUCCAUGUGCCCACUGCGUUAAUUUUAAAAAACUGUCGGUAAACGUAAUUAGGGGCCAUCUGUAUGAAAAUGGUUUUAGUUUAGGCUAUGUUGAUUGGAUUUGGCAUGGUGAGAACUCUUCUAGGAGUUACAAGUCCUCUAUUGGUAGUACUUGUCCAGCCACGAACCCAUGCCCUGCAUCAGAGGCUGCUGAGAUAUGUGAAGCAGCAUAUAAUAAGGGUGAUUACGAUAGAGAAUCACAUGAUUUCAGACGGUUCGUGGCUGAUGCUGAACAACCUUUGUUUGAGGGAAGUGAGUCAACUAAGUUAGAGUCAAUGUUGAAAAUGCAUAACUGGAAGGCUAGGUUCGGCGUUAGUGAUAGUGCCUUUACAGAACUAUUAAGUACAAUUGGCUCUUUCCUUCCUAAAGAUCAUGUUCUGCCUAGUAGUACAUAUGAAGCGAAAAAGACUCUCUCCGACUUGGGACUCGAGUAUAUUAAAUUUCAUGCAUGUCCAAAUGACUGCAUAUUAUAUAGAGGUAUAUAUGAAGAAGCCUCUGAGUGUCCCAAGUGCCAUUUAUCUCGCUGGAAACUAAAAAAGGAUGGUAAAUUCAGAAUUAAUGUGCCUGCUAAAGUUAUGUGGUACUUCCCUAUCAUUCCUAGAUUUAAGAGAAUGUUUAAAUCUGAGUCUACUUCAGAGCUUCUGACUUGGCAUGCAAAAAGGCGAUCUGAAGAUGGCCUCAUGCGUCAUCCAGCAGAUUCUCCUUCUUGGAGAAAUGUAGAUUAUAGGUGGCCUGAGUUUGGUAGCGAGGCAAGAAAUUUACGCUUGGCAUUAGCUGCGGAUGGUAUAAACCCUCAUAAUAAUGGUCUGAACAAUAGGUAUAGUUGUUGGCCGGUUGUUCUAACAACAUAUAACCUUCCUCCGUGGUUAUGCAUGAAGCGAAAGUUUUUGAUGUUGACAAUAUUAGUAUCAGGCCCACACGAACCAGGUAAUAAUCUCGACGUCUAUUUACAACCACUAAUUGAUGAUUUGAAGAAGUUGUGGGAAGAAGGGGAACCAAAUGUAUAUGACGCAUAUACUAAAUCUGAUUUUACUUUAAAAGCAGUGCUGAUGUGGACAGUGAAUGAUUUCCCCGCAUAUGGAAAUUUGUCCGGCUGCAUCAAUAAGGGUUAUAUUGGUUGUCCAAUCUGUGGUGACCAAACUGCAGCUAAAUAUCUAAGUAACAGUCGAAAAAUGUGCUAUCAAGGUCAUCGUAGGUAUUUAGAUCGCCAUCACCCUUAUAGGAAGCAGAGGGUAGCUUUUAACGGGGAACAAGAGUUAGAGCAAGCUCCUGUGCCACUGACUGGAGAACAAGUGCUAGAGCAACAAAAAAAAAUUAAAUUUGAAUUUGGUCAGGUGAAGAAGAAGUCAAAGAAGGUUGACUGUGCAUGGAAAAAGAAAUCAGUUUUUUUUGAGUUAGAGUAUUGGAAGUUUCAUCAUGUGCGGCACUGUCUCGAUGUUAUGCACAUCGAGAAGAAUGUGUGUGAAAGUUUGCUAGGGACGAUACUAAAUCUGAAAUUUAAAACUAAAGAUAGUGUCGCUUCUCGUCUUGAUUUGCUUGAAAUAGGUUUAAGGACAGAUUUAGCUCCGCAAAUAGGUGAUAAAAAGACUUACCUACCCCCUGCAUCUUAUACUUUGUCAAAGGCAGAAAAGAAAACCAUGUUAGAAUCUUGCUGUUAG